AUGAUCGUCUUUGAUGUAUCUCUAAUGAUCAUUAUUAUUUUUUCUUUUGCUUUUAACAUGAGUCAAAGCAAUAUUCUUAUGUUAUAUAACUCACCCCAUGUGCUCGUGGGCAGUGACGCACGCAACUUUUUCUCUUGCAAAAAAUGGCAUCGAUGCUUUUCUGGGGAGGUGAUAUUAGAGGAGAAGAAGUCACAGAGUGCUCUUGGAUCACGAUCCCUCACUUGUACUUGUCCACUUAUCAGCGCCGUCCAGUUACAUUUGGAGAGAUCUUUUUUUAGCCUGGCCUUCUUUGCUGUCAUACUACUUUAUAUUCCGGGAUAA